AUCGGCGGAGGAGAGAGCACGGCUGAUCCCGGACUUCACCCCCCCUCCCCUUCUUCUUCCCAACCCCCCCUCCCGGGCUCCGUCCAUCCACCGGCAACCGUAGCCGCCAGCGGGCCGCCCCCCCUCUCCGCCUCCCCCCGGUCUCUCUAGGUGUUUUGGGGGGGGUCCCCCUUUGCACAUCACCAGGAAAAGGGGGGAGGGUGCACCAGGCGUGGAUUUUACAUUCAUGAUUAUGGGCGACAAGAAGAGCCCGACCAGGCCAAAAAGGCAAGCUAAGCCUUCAGCUGAUGAAGGAUAUUGGGAUUGUAGUGUGUGCACUUUUAAGAACAGCGCAGAAGCCUUCAAGUGCAGUAUAUGUGAUGUGCGGAAAGGAACGUCUACCAGGAAGCCCAGAAUAAACUCUCAACUGGUGGCGCAGCAAGUCGCCCAACAGUAUGCAACACCGCCACCUCCCAAGAAAGAGAAGAAAGAAAAAAUUGAAAAACCUGAAAAGGAAAAAACCGAGCAAAUUAAGCUGGACAAGGAGAAACCUGAAAAGGAAAAGCUGGAUCGGGAGAAACUUGAUAGAGACAAGCUAGACCGAGAAAAAAUGGACCGGGAGAGACAUGAUCGGGAGAAGCUCGACCGCGAGAAGCUUGAUCAGGAGAAGCUUGACCGCGAGAAGCUUGAUCAGGAGAAGCUUGAUCGCGAGAAACUUGACCGUGAGAAGCUAGACCGCGAGAAGCUUGAUCGGGAGAAGCUAGACCGGGACAAGAUGGACAGAGAGAAACUGGACCGGGAGAGACUAGAUCGGCAGAAAAUCGUCAAGGAAAAGAUGGACAGGGAGAAAACAGAGAAAGAUAAAAAUGAUAAAGAAAAACCAGAAAAGGAACAGAAAGUAGAGAGGGACAGACACGAGAAGGAGAAAAAUGAGCGAGACAUUAGUGCAAGUGUUGUCAAGAAGACCACUAAUAAAAAGAUAAGACCAAAGCCAGAUAUUCACAGAGACCCACAGAGCGAAGUGAACAGUAUUCAGUCUGCAAAUUCAGUGACAAAGAUCGGCAACUUUAACCACAAUUCUAGGCCCAGGCUGAAAAAUGUAGACAGAAGUACCGCACAGCAGCUUGCUGUAACAGUGGGAAACGUCACGGUAAUAAUCACAGACUUUAAAGAAAAGACUCGAUCUUCCUCCACCUCGUCCUCCACAGUCACCUCCAGCGCGGGCUCAGAACAGCAGAACCAGAGUGGCUCCGGCUCAGAAUGCACAGACAAAGGAUCAUCCCGUUCCUCAACCCCCAAGGGCGACAUGUCUGUGGUGAACGACGAGUCUUUCUGAAAAAUACAUAGAAAACGGAAAAACAAAAUAUUGCACAUUAAUUUCGGCAGAAGAGACUCUGGAUUUGGGGGGGUCAGGAGUUCCAGGACCCCAUCUGCCUAUGUUUAUAUUCCUGGAUUAUUAAUAUUAUUAUUAUUAUUAUUAUUUUUUGAUGGUUUUUCCCCCACCGUUUUUUCUUUUCCUGGACACCAUCCUGUCACGUGGAGGACCAUUUUGGACGGAUUUUGGGCUUUUGGCAACCGUGGAACUUCAUAACCCCCACACCAACGACCUAUUCCAUCGUUUUCAUCAAUUCCCCUUUCAAGCCUUUGUAUUUGGAUGUGCUCCUCAACCUACCUUUUUAUACAGAUCUACUGUGCACAAUUUUCCAUGUAUUCUUUUUUUUUUUUUUUUUGCUAUUUUUUUGACUUUUAUUUAUUGCAUUCACAACCCCGUCUUCCCUCCUGUUUGUUUUGUGCUUAUUCCUUUCUUUUACAUUUCUUUAUUUUUUAUUGCCCUCCCUGGACCUGUUCCCUGUAAUACAGCAUAUUAUCAAUUUUUUAUACAUCAAUAUAUAUAUAUAAAUAUAUAAAAAUAUAUAUAUAUGAAUAAAUGGUUAUUUAAACCAAUACAUAGAAAAACAAACACUGGUGCUUGAUACACUGUGAAUGGAGAACUUUGAACACAGGCCCGAAGACGAGAUAUCUAACCCGUUAUGGUGCCAGCAGCUUCUGUCUGCCAUUCUGGCAUUGGUUGUUAGAAAUAUCAAACCAUGCGAACCUUUCCUCCCCAAAAAUUGUCUCCUGACAAAGUAUUCCUCAACCCAUGUAAAGAUGUAUCUUGUUACUUCUGAAAACAAGUGCAAGCUGCCUCAGUAACCGUAUCCAUGCUGCAUUUUUCACAGAUCCUCCUUGUCUUUUAAAUUCUUGGCUUAUCCCAGGCUGGUAAAAUCUCAAAACGAUAUGAACGUCUCUACUACCUGCACCUACCAAUCAGACAUGACGUUCUGACUGGUGGUUGUGGACAAUAUAGCUGUCAUUUUAAGGUCAGUCUAAAAAUGAAGAAACUAAGGAAAAAGUAACCAAGGAGAAGAUGGCAGCAUAAUAGAAACUGUUGCCAAAGGUUCGCUUGCACCUGUUUUAAGAAAUAAGUUUCAUUGGAACGUGGGGAAACUCUCACAGUUGUCUAAGCAAAUUUUAGAAAGAGGACCCAUGUCCAGGAUAUCAGUUUUAUGUACUACAUUUGUGGUGGCUUUGAGUGUAUAGUUGGCAGAAAUUACAUUAUUUUCCUCUUGUUUUAUCUUGAAAAGGAAUCUUGAAUUGUUUAAGCCCAACAUCGGCCAGAACUUUUUUGCUGUUGGUUUUGGAUCACAUGGAGAAAGAUUCAAACUUUUGUGAGGUGUAUUGCUGUCUGUGACUCCAUUGUGGUAAACGAGUGUCGUGUCCUGUCCCAGUGUCAUUGGAACCGUCUGUAGGGUAUACGAAAGACUAGUGUGCCACAACAAUUGAAUAUAUCCAGAAGGUUUAUUAAAUAUGAUACAAGAUGGGUUUCCAACACGGUUUGGUGGUUCAAAACUCUCUUCCUCAGGGGCUUUAGGUAGAGAUGAACAAAAAA